CAUACGAGUGUCGCAUUUGGAUCCCAUCAUGGAGGUAGAAAUAGAUCCCAUCAACAUGGCUAAAGUUCAAGUAAAGAUUGGAAUCAUAGGAGGCACCGGAUUGGAUAAUCCGGACAUUCUAGUCGACAAAAAGGAGGAGUUUGUGGACACGCCAUAUGGAAAGCCUUCUGACGCAUUGAUGACAGGCACUAUUAGCGGAAUCCAGUGUGUACUCUUGGCAAGACACGGUCGCGGCCACAGAAUCCUCCCAUCUGGUAUCAAUUAUCGAGCCAAUGUCUUCGCCCUUAAGAAUGCAGGUUGUACUCAUCUCAUCGUUACAACAGCAUGCGGUUCUCUUCAAGAACACAUCCACCCCGGCCAAAUUGUCAUCCUGGAUCAGUUUAUAGAUCGGACGACCAAACGAGAGCAGUCAUUCUACGACGGCCAACCAAACAGCUUAAAAGGGAUAUGUCACAUUCCAAUGCACACACCAUUUUGUGAAAAGACACGGCAAGCAUUGAUCGAGUCCGUAAAACACCUUGGUAUGAAUUAUCAUCGUACCGGGACUGUCGUGUCCAUCGAAGGACCCCGAUUUUCAUCUCGGGCAGAGAGUAAAUUGUUCCAAUCAUGGGGCGGAGACGUGAUCAAUAUGACCUCUGUUCCGGAAGUGGUAUUAGCCGCUGAGAUGGGACUUUGUUAUGGGGCCAUUGCACUGCCAACAGACUUUGACUCCUGGAGGGAUGAUGGUGCUGAACAUGUGAAUGUGGAACUGGUGAUGGAGACGUUCAAAAAGAAUGCAGUAAGUGCUCUGCGAAUCUUGAGAGAUGUCAUUCCAAGAAUUGCCAAGAUGGAAUGGGGACAAACUCUGGCGGAAAAGCAGGCAAUUGCUAAGGAGUCUGUAAUGCAGUAGUUCCCACAGAAAAGUGUAUUCAAGUGAUGAGCCUAGAUUGACUGUGUCAUGGCAUAGAGUCUGCAUCAGGCAAAUUACCACAAAUUAUGGGCAGCGAGUGAUACUCGCAAGACGGAAGAAAGUUGCCCUGAAAGUUUAUUGGAUCAAAUCCAGUUUGUUUAAGGUUCAAAAUGGUAAGGUUUUAGUUUUCGUUGUAUUUUAUUCUUGCUUAAAGGGUGGCUGCAUUUUUUUUUUUUUUUUCAUUUAAAGGAUUAAACAUGACUUUAUAAACCUAAAAUA